GAAAAUAUACAGCUUUAUUAUAACUCGUCAGCGAGUCGUUGAUUUGUACGAGAUCAAUCAUCGUUACUAUCAACAUAUGAUGGGUCAAAGUAUUGCAGUCAAGCGUGUGCUGUGCGAUAAUGCCAGUCUUAUUUACAUCGUGAUUAAAGUGACUGUUCUAGUAUAUCUUCUAUUAGUGAUAACAGCAAUGAGCAUUCCUGGUUUGUCGUCGAUAUUUCUGGCAGAUCGCAUACUGCCGUUUGGAUUUGUCAUGCCCUUCAUAGAUGCAAACACAUUGGCUGGGUACUAUGCCAACUAUGGCAUUCAGCUUAUAAUGGCCAUUUACUAUUGGAUCAUCACGGUUGGGUCUGACAUCACUACCAUCUACAAUCUACUGACUGCGUACGGCCAACUGGACGUCCUGAUGACUAUCACAGAAGAACUGAAUGAACAGCUUGAACGUAAUGAGAGCCUCGAUACGAUCCGAGAUAAAAUAGUUGAGAUCAUACGGCAGUAUCAGCACCAUCGAACUUACUUAAAGCAACUUGUAGACUUUUUGAAUCCAUACCACUUUGUAACGCUCAUCUCAACGGUUCCAACUAUGGUUAUCUCGGUGCUGGGAUUGGUUUUGCUGGAUUGGUAUCCGGGGGCUGCUAUUGUGUUUCUUGGAUCGGUUCAAAUAUUUUACAUUUGCUUUCUUGGAACCAGCCUCGAACUUAAGACCGAUGCUCUCACGUUGAAAAUUGGUGCCAUCCAUUGGGAUAAACUCUAUGUUCGAGACAUGAAGUUCAUGAAAAUGGUGCUAAUGAUGUCGCAAAAACCGAAAAUGCUGAUGGCAGCCACGUUACCCUUAAACAUUACGGCGUUUUUGCAGAUUCAUAAGUUUAUAUAUUCAUUGAUUAUGAUGCUGGAAAACACUAAAGGUUGAUUGGAACAUCUGUAAAUAGUUUUGUUGUGGCUUGCUAGUUGCAUAAAAAUGAAGCAAUAGCUUCAAUAGGUCGUUGCAUAAUCAGUAAAGAUUAAAUUUAAA